CAGCAUUUCACAAUAAUUAACAGUAUUAUUUUACAGUAACUUGUUGUAAUUAAGUUUCCCUGUAAUAUCCCAAUGAAUACCUGUAAAAACUACAGUAUCCUUGGAUUUUACAGCAUUUAACUCUUAUUUUACAGUAAAAUCUUGCUAUCUAAAACCUACUGUUAUAUCACAACAAGGUCUGUAAUAUCACAACAACACAGUGUAAAAAAUAAGUAUUUCACAGCAGUAAACAGUAUUAUUACAGUGAAAUAUUGUAUUGAAAUGUGCCAUGGGAAGUCACAUGACAUAACCGAUCUGUUUUGAAUUGAAAGCGCUGUCGUCGUGUCCCUCUUCUAUUCCGGGCUGAAUGGAGAAGGAGCCAUCCAAAAUCAUUUGGCGACACUGGCAAGCACGGUGAUACUGCUGGAGACGGAUGUCACUCUCUUCUGCAACAUGUAAAAAUUAGAGUGGAGAAAAAAAAUAGGAAUAAAGCUCUUGCUCAAUGCUGCAGAGAAAGAAGACCGCGCACUGGAAUGGCAGGAGAGGCCAGACUGGCAAGAGGUCCUGUUGACCAAUACGGGUAUGUCAGGUGGGGCCCAGCAGAUUUGCCAGAGGGGGAGACCGAGGCAACAUUGGAGAAUAUAAAGAGGGAUCUGCUGAACAUCUACUCAGGGGAAGGAAUGAGUGGGGCAGAGAGAACAGAACCAAUGAUGGAAAAGACAUGCAUCAUCCUGCGGAAAUACCUUAACAAAGUGCCUGCUGCAGCGAUGUCUGAGAUCAAACAGGAAUGGCCAUUUCUCUUCUCUCAGAAAUGCCUAUUCUCGCACUUUAACCUCCUGAUGGACGUUGAUGUCCUUCAGAAGCUACAGGAGGAAAUUAGUCGAAGAGGACAGACCAUCCUGGAUUACUGUGCAACACUGGACAACCCCAAGAUCCGUGAUGUUCUGGCCUGCUAUGAUCCAGACUCUGACAAGGCUGCUUGCAUCCUGCUGCUCCUAAUGUUGUACUUCAAAGAGCCGAAAGAGAGUUUGAUGCUUGAAGUUCAUUCAUGUGCCACUGCUGUGGGCGUCAAUACUGCAGAACUCCCCGGAACCCCGUGCUUGAUCAUUCAAGGUGACAUGAUGAAGCCCUCUGGAUGGCUUAUAUCCAUCGAAGGACAUGUCGUGAUGGGCCCACACCCUUUAUUUUUACAUGGAGUAGCUGCUUUCUUCAGCAGCUAUUACGUAUUCAACCUUGAGUAUCCUACCGCUGGAUCUUCGACACUGGAGUUCAUUCAAAGGUAUUUUAUAAAGAUCACAUUUAAUCUUGUAAUUCACAUUCUAGUACAGGCUUACAACUCAAUGAUUGUCUUGAGGUCAAAAAUGCUGACAAACGAGGUACAUGAGGCUAGCCUGGUGAGACCAUCCUGAUCUCGCGAACUCAUUCAAUUUCGCUCUGCAGAUCAAUCUGGGUUUCUACACAUGUUAUGCUGACAAAUACCUGCCGGUCCAAUCACAGCUAUUUAUUUUGUUAUGCUACCUCUCAUAGUAAAAAAUCGACCACUUUGCCUAACGCUAACCUAACCUGAGGCACCUUGGCUAAAAAUGGCACAAAAAAAAAAUAAUUAUGGUGAGAGUAAGAUCUAACAGGUUUUUAAUUAUAAAUCUAUUAGGGUUCUAUGUGGGGAAAAAGCACAGCAAAAAGCACACCUUGAUAAAUGCUGUCUGCAAUACAUACUGUAAGUCUAUUUAAAACUGAAACUAUCUUUGCUUAUUAACAGGUGCUUCCUGGGCAUCAAUCCUGAAAGAGGCUCAAAGACCAAGAAGCGGACAACAAUGAACCCUCAUGUGAGCACCCUUUUGAGGAAAC